AUCAUGAAGCUGUUGGUAAUUUUCUUGGCAUGGGCAGUAGCCAUCGCAUCAGCUACUACGGAGAAAACAGGAGAUCCCGAUCACAUUAUCACCAAUGGAAGCCCGGCCUACGAAGGACAGGCGCCUUAUGUAGUGGGCAUGGCAUUUGGACAGAGCAACAUCUGGUGCAGUGGUACCAUCAUUGGCGACACCUGGAUCCUCACCUCCGCUCAAUGUUUGGUCGGCAGUUCGGGGGUGACCAUUUACUUUGGAGCCACGAAGCUGAGUCAGGCCCAGUUCACGGUGACGGUGGGCUCCAGCGAGUAUGUGACCGGAAGCCAGCAUCUUGCUCUGGUCCGAAUCCCCCGAAUUGGAUUCAGCAAUCGGGUCAACCGGGUUGCCCUGCCUUCGCUGAGCAAUCGAUCCCAGCGGUACGAAAACUGGUGGGCAGGUGUCUGUGGAUGGGGUGUCACGACCUUCAACAAUGGACUAACCGACUGGCUGCAGUGCGUGGACCUCCAGAUAAUGACUAACUCCGAGUGCACCUCUUUCUAUGGGUCCACCACGGUCUCUGACCAGAUUCUCUGCACCCGCACUCCCAAUGGAAGGUCCACUUGCUUCGGCGACGCCGGCAGUCCACUGGUCACCAAACAGGGAUCCACUCUGGUGGGAAUCUCCGCUUUUGUGGCCUCCAACGGUUGCACCUUGGGCUUGCCUGCUGGAUUUGCCAGGAUCACCAGCGCUCUGGAUUGGAUCCGUCAAAGGACAGGCAUCUCCUACUAGAAGUCUAUAGAAAAGUUAAAUAAAAAUGCCCCUUACCUGCACAUUAA